GCCUUUAAAAUUGUGCCAUACAGCAUAGAAGCACUGGACAAACUGUUGACUGAGUCACUGAAGAAGAACAUCCCUGCUAGUGGCUUGCACCUGUUUGGAAUCAACCAGCUGGAAGAAGAAGAUAUGACAACAAAUCAGAGGGAUGAGGAAUUGCCAACACUGCUUCACUUUUCUGCAAGAUAUGGGCUGAAGAACCUCACCGCCUUGCUGCUUACAUGCCCUGGAGCACUGCAGGCCUACAGUGUAGCCAACAAAUACGGCCACUAUCCAAACACCAUAGCAGAAAAGCAUGGCUUUAAGGACCUCCGCCAAUUCAUUGAUGAAUAUGUGGAAACUGCAGAUAUGCUCAAGAGUCACAUUAAGGAAGAGCUGAUGCAAGGCGAGGAAGAUGAGUCUGUUUAUGAGUCCAUGGCUCAUCUGUCAACUGAUUUGUUGAUGAAAUGUUCCUUGAAUCCUGGCUCCGAUGAAGAGCUUUAUGAAUCCAUGGCUGGAUUUGUCCCUGGUGCCCCAGAAGACCUUUAUGUGGAGAUGCUUCAGUCCAAACCAGACACUCCAGUUGCUGGAAAUGAAGUUUCUCUAACUACAAAAGACUCAAUGCUCCGCAAAUUUUUAGAAGGCAGUAGCACGGAUGCACCAGAUUCAGUUUACGAACAGUAUGGUGAAGAUGUAUACUACUCAGUGGAACAAGAUACUUUUCCACAGGAGAUGGCCAGCAGACCUCCUGUUCCUGUUCCAAGACCAGAAUCCAGCUCUCCACAGCCUGACAAUGAGCUAUACAUCUCCAAAAUUUUUGCACAGAAAGCUCAAAGACCUGAGAAUCUCUAUGUCCCUAGAGGAAGGGUUAAGAAAGAGACAAUAGUCAGGCCUGUAAGGGACCUGUCUCAAUCAAGCAUAUAUGAUCCAUUUGCUGGAAUGAAAACCCCAGGUCAACGGCAGCUGAUUACGUUACAGGAGCAAGUGAAAAUGGGCAUACUCACCGUUGAUGAAGCUGUGCUUCAUUUUAAGGAGUGGCAACUGAACCAGAAAAAGAGAUCAGAAUCAUUCCGGUUCCAGCAG